GAGAGUGAAUUCAGUUAAACGAUUCACCGAGAACUAUGAAAGGGUUCAGGCUACGAUGCAGGAGCUGUUACAAACUCCAGGAUCACUUAGAGAUGAUCGGAGAGGGAUUAUGAGAGGGUACGAAAAGCAGCUGCAGAAGUUUCAUACUCUAUUCGGAUUAAACAUGUCCAAAGAACUGUUUGGCCCAUGCGAGCAACUUGCCAGGGCUCUUCAGAGUCCCAAAUACAGUGCGACCGGAACCAAACAGGCAGCUAAAGCACUGUGUCAGACCAUGGCGAACCUGAGAACAGAGGACGGCUUUGAUCGAGUUUUUGAAGAAACACAAAAUGCCGCCAUGAGGUUGGGCCUUGAUCAGAGUGAAACCGCGGUCGCCAGACGCGUAAAACCGCCCACGCGAUUUGAGCAUUCAAUUAAGCCUGCUCCUCCAGUGGUAUUGGAUGCAAAGACAAAGCUCCGAAAAGAGUUCUUUGCGGCAGUUGACUGCGUGACAUCCGAAAUAAAAAAUCGGUUUGACCAACCAGGCAUGGACUAUCUAGCAAAGCUUGAAUGCGCGAUCGUCAACAGUACACGUGGACAGCGAUUAACCGAGGAGGCACUGAAAGAAGCUCUCGGAGUCCACAGCACAGAUUUUGAUCUAGACAGGCUUGCGGCACAGCUUCUACUCCUUCCAACAGUUAUUUCUGGGGCAGGUGUGAACACUGUUGAAGAUGUGGCUGAACAACUGAGGUCCGAGUCUCAAACAGUUCGGAAUCUUUUGGACCAGGUUGUGAAACUUGUGCAGCUUUUGUUGACUGUACCCGCAUCAGCGGCAUCAGGAGAGCGCUCUUUUAGUGCGCUCCGGCGAGUGAAGACAUAUCUUCGCAGUCGCAUGACGCAGGCCCGUCUCACUCAUCUUCUCCUCCUGCACACCCACCGGGAAAGAACAGGAAAUUAUCUCUGGAUAAAGUCAUGA